AUGCCAUCAGAUAACAAGAACGAAUCAAGCUUAUCAUUCGAUUUAGUAGGAUCUGUUAUAGCAAGUACAGUACUAGCAUCAGCCACUUCAACCACUCUAAAUGCCACAUCUCAAAGUCAUCCAACCCAAUCUUCCCCAAAUCAAGCAUCGAUCAAUUCAAAUGAUAAAGAAUCAUUAAGUUUACAAACCACUACAACCAAUUUCAAGAACUUUGUUUCAAAGAGUGGUCCGAUCUUUUGGUUUCAAGAUCGGGUCGAAGAUAUCUUGACUUGGAAAGACGCUUUACGAACUACUUUUUGGGCUUGUUUAUGGGCUUGGUUAUGUAUCAAUCCUAUUUUCUUUAUUCUUCUUCCGAAUCUUGCGAUCAUUGCCAUCUUGCUUUCUGCAUACCCGAAUUCAAAUGAAAUCGAUUCCAAAGAAGCUGUUAUCAAUUUGAAUGAACAACAUGAUCCUUUACCAACAAACGAACCUAAGGAAGGUUCUGUCGAUUACCUUUCUAAUAUGCAAAACAUUCAAAUCAUGAUGGGAAGGAUUUCAUUAGCAUCAGAUUUAGUCAAAUCACAAAUCGUACCUUAUUUAAAUUGGUCAAAUCCUCAUUACUCUUUAUCUCUCCUACACCUAUCUUUAAUCACCUCAAUCCUUUUCUUUUUCAUGGGUCCCUACAUACCAUGGCGUUGGGUAUUACUAGGAAUAGGAGAAUCGAUGUUCUUUGCACAACAUCCAACUUUACAAAGAUUUAUGAUUUAUUUAACACCAUUACUUCCGACUCGAAGAUCCAUGACAGUGGUAGAAAGAGUGAUUGCGAAUGACGCUUUACCUGAUCAUGUCAUCGAUUCACCUGCUAUACGGGUUGUGGUGUGUUGUGAACAUCAAAGGUAUGGUGGCACAGGUCCAGGUUGGAGUGAUAGUUUUCUAGAACAGAAUACCGAUCCUAGAGCUUGGAUGGUAGAACUUCCAGAUCAUGUUCUUCAACCCACUGCAGGUCUUUGGGCCGUUCAACCUCCUGAUGGGUUUCAAUGGAUUCCUACGGAAGGAUGGCAUAUUGAUCAUACUAGCUCGAAUCUAGAUCAACAUGGUUGGAAUCUCGUUAAUGGUACUGCAUCUUUAGGUCCUUCACUAAGACGUAGGAGAUGGUUAAGAAGAGCAUAUCAACUUUCAAUGAAAUGA